CAGAAAACUGCUGCUUCCGCACUGCUUCCUUGUUUAUUAGUUUAAGGGGGGGAAAAAACUGUGCCUUUAGAACAGAAGAGUUUCAUAUUUUCGUUCCCCGGAACCUGCGACAAGUCCUCCCCGAGAUUUUCGAGUCCCCACCUACUGGAAGUAAGUAAGUGCUCUUUCUCCGACGGAUCUGACAAGGAGAGACUCGGGAUCUGAGCUUCACCACAGACAGGUCUGAGUUCAGUUACUGCUCUGAAUGGCCACAGCUGCAGAGGAGCCUCCAGGGCUGCAGGGCCACACUGGCAAUUCGACUGGGACUCGAAAAAAUGCUUCUACUGAGGGUUCAGGCACUUACAUGUCUCAGAACAUGAAAAAAACGAUCGGCCAUCGUGGAAUUGAUCCCACUGGGGAGACCACGUACAAGAAGACAACCUCAUCAGCCCUGAAAGGUGCUAUCCAGUUAGGCAUCACGCACACGGUGGGCAGCUUAAGCCAAAAACCGGAGAGAGAUGUGCUGCUGCAGGAUUUUGAAGUGGUGGAAAGCAUCUUCUUCCCCCAUGAGGGCAGCAACCUGACACCAGCGCACCACUAUGGAGACUUCAGAUUCAAGACAUACGCCCCUAUUGCCUUUCGCUAUUUCAGGGAGAUGUUUGGCAUCCGGCCUGAUGACUACAUGUAUUCUCUGUGUAAUGAGCAGCUGAUUGAGCUGUCAAACUCUGGAGCAAGUGGAUCUCUUUUCUACGUCUCAAAUGAUGAUGAGUACAUCAUUAAAACAGUGCAGCACAAAGAGGCAGAAUUUCUCCAGAAAUUGCUUCCAGGAUACUUUAUGAACCUGAACCAGAACAAGCGGACCUUAUUACCAAAGUUUUAUGGACUCUACUGUGUCCAGGCCGCGGGUAAAAACAUCCGUAUUGCAGUCAUGAACAAUCUGCUCCCGAGUGCUGUACGAAUGCACCUCAAGUAUGAUCUGAAGGGCUCCACAUAUAAGAGACGGGCCUCGGCUAAAGAGAGAGAAAAGGCUGUACCCACAUACAAGGACCUGGAUUUCAUGCAGUACAUGCCUGAGGGGGUGUUACUGGAGGGGGACAAGUACAGUGCCGUUUGCAAGACGCUCCAGAGAGACUGUCUACUCUUGCAGAGUUUCAAGAUUAUGGACUACAGCCUUCUGGUGGGAAUCCACAACGUAGAUCAGGCCUGUCGAGAGCAGGUGAGUGAAGAGGCGAUGGCAGGGGCCAUGGACCAGAGGAAGCCCCAAGGCCAGAAGUCCCUGUACAGCACUGCUAUAGAGGCCAUCCAGGCAGAGUCAGGGACCAUGGGACCACUGGACACAGAAGACAAAACUGGAGGAAUACCAGCACGGAACGCACAAGGCGAGAGGCUGUUGGUGUACAUUGGUAUCAUUGACAUUCUGCAGUCCUACAGAUUAGCGAAGAAGCUUGAGCACUCAUGGAAAUCUCUGGUUCACGAUGGGGAUACUGUAUCAGUACACAGACCAAGUUUUUAUGCAGAACGAUUUCAGAAGUUCAUGUGCAAUACGGUCUUCAAGAAGAUCUCAUCGAAAACCUCCCCGUCUAAGAAGCGUCGUACGAUGAACCAUGGUCCUUUUAGAAAAACAGCUGGCUCCAAGCCUCUUCUGUUGACCCAGACCAGCAGCAACAGCCAGCAUUCUUUCCUCCAACAGCAAGUCAGCACUGAGAUGACCAGAGAGGACACUGAAGGAGACAACAUCAUGCAGUCAGGUCGUCCUGACCUCCUCCCAAAGACCUUACCACCCAGCAAUGCUGUUGGCAACACUGCUGAAACCAUCGUCUCCUCCACCUUGGGAAACCCUGGACUCGUUCCCCCAAAUCAGCCUGUGGCUCACUCUCAGGACACAUUUAAGUCAGUGGAAGUGGAUUCAGACAACACGUUGAACGAAGACCAGGAGCACAGCACCCCCAAGAGAGCUCAGUGUGGGACUCUCGAAGAAAGUAUCGGUGCAGAGGAUGUAAUCUCACUCGGUGACAUAGUUCCUAGCGCAAGCAAAUGUUCUGUGUAGAUGUGGGAAAGAGAACAGGACUCAAAUGAACCCGAAACAACCUCGGAGGAUGUUAUGAGCAUGGAUGAAAUGUUACAAGCUCCUUGGUGUGAUCUGAGGUACCAAAAUUGGAUAAGUGCAUUAGCGACACCAAGUGGGAUAUUAAAUGUUUUUUUGUUAUUAUUUUUGCGCUUUGAUUUCCAAAUCUGAACAUAGUAUGAGUGUGUUAGUAGGUGGGUGUGUUCUGACACUAGUUAUUGCAGGUACAUUAAUGCUGUGGUUACUGAACACUAUUAUUCAUCUCAUAGGAAUGUUUGUAUGCACACCCAAAGGUAGUUCUUGGAUGUGCUCAACUAAACCAGUGUUCAGGGUAGAGUGUAACAUGAGGACUUUUCCUUAUUUGAGAACAAAACUCCUUCGUUCAAGCCCAGUUCCUUUGAAUUCAUUGUCUAGUUUUUGGACUUAAUUUGUCUUUUGUGAAAUUGCUGAAGCAGAUCCUCAUGUGUUCUUGGCUUUGUAAGUGUCAGGUGUCGAGGGUACUGUUCCUGCUCUAUGUUUGACCUAGAUGCUCUAACACAACACCCUAUUAUCUGGAUUGGGAACACAUUUUUAAAUAAAUAAUUUUUAUUUUUUAAAGAAAUGAUUGUAUUCAUACAUGGUAAUCUGCAGUUUUUUUUUAAGAUUACUGUAAAUGCUGGAAAGAGAGGUGAUUCUCAGCUUGCAGUUUCUAUUUAACCAGCUGUUCUAAUGGACCUUUAAUUCUGUUGAGACUGUGAAUUCAAAAUGCCACUUUUUAUUACUUCUACACUGUAUGAUCUGAUAUCAGUUUCAGGUUUAGUGUUUAGACGGCUUAUGACCAAAUGUGACCAAUGAAUUGAUAAUUCAGAUGGUUGCGGACACAACAAAAAGUGACCUGGGGCCUGUCUCAUGAAGUAGUGAAUUAGUCAGCUACGUUUGGAGCAAACCUCGUCUUUUCAGUAUCACGAUGAGAGCUGGAGUUUGAGCUUGAGUGGUUGCCAUGGUAACGAAUGCCACUGACCGGACCUGCUAGAAGAAGUUUAUAUAUAUAAAUGUAAGAACCACCUCCUCACCAAUCAAGUACAAAAGAGAACAGCGUGACUUUAUUACAAACUGGCACAAUCGCUUUGUUUUCCAUUAUAAUUUAUGGUACUGGAAAUAAUAUCGAUAGUAAGUUCUUGCAGUAUAACCAGCAUCACACCCUGGCAACAAAUAACAAAGCAGAGCAUGGCUAGUUAGUCGCAGGACUUAAUAAAUGUAUUUGUUUUAUUUACAGUUUUAACAUUCCUGAUUGUUCAGUGCAGUCUUAUGCGCGUUUACUGCAGCUGAGCUCCUAAACACUCAGUUGCCUACAUUUUUUGUUGAAACAGUUUUCGGGAGGUGUUGGUUCAAACAUUUUAGAGGCUGUAGUUUGUGGUGUUGUUGAACUGUAUUGCAUUAUCCUGACUGAUGUUUCUAUUAUUUUACUUAGUUAUUUAAAUGUUCUCCAUUAUUACUUUGGAGAAGGGAGGGGGGCAUCCUAAGCUGAUUUUAUUAAAAAUUAGCAGUGUCGGUUGUUUAGAGGUUGGACUUAAAACUAGAAACUGCAUUUUUUUAAUUGACACUUUUCCACUAUUUUCUGUAGUCUGCAGCUAGAAGAAAAAAAAAAAUACCAUGCAUAAAGCAAAUAUAGUAUGGAUUACACAAAUUUUAGAUAUCUAUUACUUUCCUCUCCAGGCUGCUAAUAGACUAGAGUAGAAAGUAUAUAUAUUUUAACACUGAUUUAUGAUGUAUUACCUUUAGUAUUUGAUUGUAAUGUACUCAUGUUCCUGCUUUUUACAUUCAAGCAGUGCAUUUAGUAUGUUGUAAACCACUAUUACUCACAGUUGCAUUAAUUGUAAUGUUAAUAUAACUUUUGCUGCUGCAUUUUCCUCACAGGGAUAAGCAGAUUCACCCUUUUUCUCACUAAAGUCACUGUUGUUGAUUCGCUGAUGUUGCAUGUGAUUAGCUUGUAAUUAAAAACUAUGCUUCUGUCAUGUGCACAAACUCACAGCUGGACCGCUGAAACCCAGGGUUAACAGAACUAUUUGUGUGAGCUUUGUGAGAUAAGUUAUCCAGAAUUCUCAGUGUUAAGUGAGGCUGACAAAGAGACAGGCCCCAUCUAUGGUAUAGUUGCUUUUUUUUCACUAGGAAAAUAUGGUGAUGGCUGCCUGAUGUGUGAAAGUGAAAAAGACCAAAGUGUUCAGCUUUUUCCUGUAAACAAAAACUGGUACAAAAAGUAUUGGUGGUUUGAUGCAAGUUGGUCUUAGCAUUCAGAAUGGUUGCGCUGUGUUUUAACUUGAUGUGAUGGUUGGGUAACUUUAACUCACCAUAUGUAUGCAUGAAUGAAUAGAAUGUGCAAUACAUUGCAAGUGAUUUGACAAUUUUCCAACCAUAAGAUGAACAAGCAUCAUUUGGGCAUUUUCACACAUCCUGUAAAUGGUAUGUGUAAGUUAUUUUAUUAUUUAGGCUAUUGUAUCAAACUGUCAGACAAUGUUCUGUUCCAACAUUACAACUGUGCCUUAUUGUAAAAACUCCAAAGCAGUUAAACAUGCAGCCUAUGAACCAAACAUGUAAAUAUUCAUAUUUAUUAUAGUAUUUAUUACUGUAUGUAUUUCUCUGGUUUCCAAAACGUUUGUUAAUGGUGAUGGUGGUUUAAAAUGUGCCUUUCUUUAGCACAAUGAACCUGUAGCUAUGGCAUGCAACUGUUAAAUCCUCCUGUAU